AUGCGUCGCGAGGCGGCUGCCAGCGCCGCGACGGGCGGCGCCGUGUCGGAGCAGGUGGUGCGGCUGGUGCGCGAGUGCGAGCACCGCGUGCGGUGGCGCAUCACGGAGCCGCUGUGCAAGGCGCGCCUCUGUCCGCUCGGAAUCGACGCAGUGCUACGCGACACCAAGCCGCCGGGCAGCGAGACCGGCGCGCAGUGCCAGCGCGCACCUCUGCACGCUGAAGGGGACGCGGGCGUGCCUCAGAAGGUCCGCCCGAGGGAAGAGAAGUGCACCGGCCCCUCGCUGACAUCGCGGCAGCGGUUUCCUGAUGUGCGGGAGCGCUAUGUAUUAGCUAUGCCAGACGGCACCAGCACCUUCCGUUCUGUGGUGCCCUCGAUGCCUGCGUGGAUACGGGACCAGCAUGGGCUGCAAUGGCAUCUUGCGCGUCGCCGAGGCGACAUCAAGUCCACCCCAGUAUCUAUGUGGCAGAAACGAGUAUUGGCGCUGGGCUCUGCUGGAGCGCUAUGCUCCGUUAGCUACCUGAUGUAUCGUGAGGUUCAUCCUGUUGUAGCCAAAGCCAUUCGUGAUGCGCCACUGGGUCCCAUGUCGGACACACUGCGCAGCGCUACCCCCAUCUUCGUUCCCAGCUCAUGCCAAGAAGCUGCGGCGCGACGGUUGUUCGAGAAGCACCAGCAGCUGCGCCAUCCAAACCUUCUGCUCUGUCUUGGCUUCUCAGAGUCAAUCGAGGGUGGAAUGAUGUCUAUCUGGGAGUUCAGCCCUGGCGGCACACUGCGUGAGCUCAUUUUCCGCUAUCCACGUGUAAAGGCGGUGACCAUCAACCGCUUCGGUCUUCACGCCCUCACCGCUCUGUCGUAUUUACACGAGCGGGGAAUCGCGCACGGCGGCGUGUGCCUCGACAACGUCCUCGUUAGCGCGGAUGGCAAGUGCCGCUUAACUGGGCACUCAGGUGACAGGAAAGCGGCAUGCGAGCUCUUCUACGUACAUCAAACGUGCUACAUAAGUCCACGAAUGGCCACUGGCGCUCUGCCCACUCCGCAGUGUGACAUGUUUUGCUUUGGACUCUCGACUGUCGAGGCAUUGACAAAGGAGCCCUGCUGGAAGUGGGCCACCUGCGAGGACGGCCAGUCGUUCGGGACUUCAGCAGAGCUCGCAGAGCUAAUGAAGGCUGGCGGGAAGCCGUUCAGCGAUGCGCUGGUGCAGGGCCGUGUCGUAGUGAAUGUAGAUCUCCUGAGAGGUUCGGAUGUGGUCGACAACUACAGCAGACAUGUAGUGGAAUCCAUCAUACGUUGCCUCUCACUUGACCCUUCCGAGCGCCCCACUGCGAUGGAAGUACGGGAGACGAGCAAGGAAAUGCUGCUGCAGGCUGGGCUCACAUUGGAGGAAGACGAAUUGGCUGUCUCUACUUCCGACGAUGAUACAUGUGAUUGA